GCGCGCUGCGUCAUCUUCGUUGCGCACAUUCUCUCGAAAGGGCGUAGCGACUUUGCCGGUGUCAUUCAUUUCAACGCAGAGUGUAACAGCCGUUUUUAACGAUUGUUCGGGGAGUUUAUACGCAUUAAAAGCAUGAUCAUGAACGGAAUCCAUGCGGAUGAGGAGGAGGUCAGAGAAGAGUCGAGCUCCCCCAGCCACAGCCCGGAGAAGAGGAAGCGGGUGAUCCGGGUCUGGUGUGACGGCUGCUAUGACAUGGUGCACUACGGUCACUCUAACCAAUUACGACAGGCCAAAGCGAUGGGAGAUUACCUUGUAGUAGGAGUACAUACAGAUGAGGAAAUAGCCAAGCACAAGGGUCCUCCGGUCUUCACGCAGGCCGAGCGUUAUAAAAUGAUACGGGCCAUAAAAUGGGUGGAUGAGAUUGUGGAAGGCGCGCCGUAUGUCACAACGCUGGAGACGCUGGACAAAUACAACUGUGAUUUUUGUGUGCACGGAGAUGACAUCACAUUGACCGUGGACGGGAAGGAUACCUAUGACGAGGUGAAGAGAAUGGGCCGAUAUAGGGAAUGUAAACGCACACAGGGAGUGUCUACGACAGACCUAGUGGGCCGUAUGCUCCUGUUAACAAAGGCGCACCACAGUAACAUUGAUAACACAUCUUACCAGCUCCACACGGAUAACUUUGGGAAGGGUCCCAAAGGGCACAGUCCUUGGACCGGCGUCUCUCAGUUCCUGCAGACUUCUCAGAAGAUCAUCCAGUUCGCCUCAGGAAAAGAACCGCAGCCAGGAGACACCAUCAUAUACGUGGCCGGAGCUUUCGACCUUUUCCACAUCGGUCAUGUGGAUUUCCUCGAAACUGUUCACAAACAAGCAGAGAAACCCUACGUCAUUGUCGGACUGCACUUUGACCAGGAAGUGAACCGCUACAAAGGGAAGAACUACCCCAUCAUGAAUAUUCAUGAGAGAACUUUGAGUGUGCUGGCUUGCAGAUACGUGUCAGAGGUUGUGAUCGGGGCUCCGUACGCAGUAGGAAAAGAUCUUCUGGAUCACUUUAAGGUGGAUCUGGUGUGUCAUGGGAAGACGGAAGUGUUUCCCGACAGCGACAGUACAGACCCUUACGAUGAGCCGAAGAAGCGAGGUAUUUUCCGCAUCUUAGACAGCGGCAGCAAUCUGACCACUGAUGACAUCGUGCAGAGAAUCAUUGAGAACAGAUUGCAGUUUGAGGCCAGGAACCAGAAGAAGGAAGCGAAAGAGAUGGCCAUGAUCGAGGCUUUGAAGCAGAAAGAUGAUUCGCUGAAGACCGAGGCGGCUCUCGCGAAGAAUUAACCGAACUAUCCAAACCGAACAAAUCAAGGGGUUCGACGUAGAACGAAAAUUGCCCCCGGACCGUUAAAAAAUGCCUCGAUUUACGAACAGUGCCCGCAUUUUAAUGAACAUGUCGGAACACGGACUUGCUUUUAUAUGUUGUACGACUCUUGUUUGAUGGCAACUACACUUUUAAUGGUACCAAAUAAUUUUGCGCCAUUUUACGAGGGAUUAUGGGAAAAUCGUGUUUUGUUUUUCUCAGUUGGUGAUCCAUCCGCACGUAUUCGUAGAUGAGCAGAGAAAUGGUUUGUGGAGGAACACUUCAUGUUGACUACGUUGGUAUGUGUAAGACUAAUUGGGUUUUAUUCGGGCAUUUUUCUUUAAAAUUUUGUUUUUUAUUUGGGUGAAUCUCAUGGAAACAAAUCCAGGUCACAUUUACCCCAAAAUCAAAAAAAAUAUUUGUGCAUAAAAAUAGCAGUUUUAAGAUUAUUAAAUGUUUUUGCAUUGUGACAUUAUUUUUAAAAUUUCAAAUCAUUUCCAUCCAUAUUCUCAUUACCAUAAUACAUUUGAAUAUUUUGCACAUUAUUUUCAGUAUUGAUUCUCAUUAUAUACAUAUAUAUAUAUAAAUGCUGUAAUACAAUGAUAAUUUUUGUAUAAAUUAAGGAUUUACUACCAUAUAUUAAUCAUUUACGAUAUACUAUACUAAUAUCUAUAUAUAUAUUUCUAUAUUUGGGGUAAUGAGAUUUUGGCUAAUGGAAAAAUUGGCAAAGUUCUUAUCUGAAUAAUAAUCUUCAGCAAUCUUUUUAAUGGUCCUAAUGUGUGUGUGUGUGUGUGUGUGUGUGUGUGUGUGUGUGUGUGUGUGUGUGUAUCAGUAAAAUGUGAUCUGGGUAUGUUUUGACAGGCUUUACCCCGGUAUCUUUUAAUCUAGUGGUGCUGUUGUAGUUUUACCCGUCUCAUCAUAACUAAGUUUGAUGCGUGUGUUGUGAAAAAAAAAAUUCAGAACUGAAGUUUUGUCGAAUAUCGUUCCAUAUGUUGUUCACAGUCACAUACUGUAUCUGGCAUUUUUACUGUUAUUAAUUUCUUUCUCAUACCUUUAAUUGUUGUGAAGUGAUCAAAAUCACAACCAAAGACUGACCUCAGGUGAUUCUUAGAUGUCAGGACGAUGAGAUGUACAAAAUGCAUCGAUAGUUUGUCACACUUUCAUUCAUUUUAAUGUACGACAUAAAUAUUCUUUAUCUUUUUGCAGUUUUAUCACCUGUUUCUGUUUUGAAUGCAUUACGAAGCACAUUGUUUUUAAAGAAAUCUGUAUUUUUAGAGUGAAUUGCUGUGAAAAAACACUAAUUUGAAGUCUCUUCGUCACAGAUGUGAGCAGAAAUGUUAAGUGACCAAUUCUGAGUGUACCAUUAGAUGCUGAAUGUUGAUGGCGUUAUUGUCUUCAGGCAAUCUUUAACUUAUUGGAUCUCAUCCCAUAACCAGUGAAUCGUCAAAACAAUUAUUUUCACAAUAAAAAAAGUAUCAAAACAUGU